CAGAGUUCGGAUGCGGAAGUUGACUCAUCUGAUGAAGAAGAUGAUGAUGGUAACUCAUCCAAGCAACCAAUGACAAAGAAGGCCAAAACUAAUUAUGAAAGUGGCAAAACAAGUUCUGCUGGGAAUAAGACCGCUCAUAACUCUGCUCAACAGAAAUUUUAUCUCAAAUCAUCCAUUAUAAGCAAUUUAAACAAAAGUUCUGUUGAGAGUUGUACCAAUGAUCUUUUGGAAAACGUAUUUACGGACGAAGAGUUAGCGCGCUCGUCGGUAACUGGCAAACCCUGCAAUGCAACAAAAAACCAAGAGGUCGCACCAGCUUUGGAUUCUGCAAGAAUGGAUUAUGUCAGAGAAACAGUGCACAAGUUCUUUGGAAAAACGUCAAAAAUAAAUUCUCGCAUCAACAAGGCUGCUCAGAAUAAAAUUAGUACCAAACACAAGGACUUAAAGAAAAGAAAGAAAAACUCAGAAUAGUAAUCCAGAUUAUUAACAUAUUCAUUUAUUUUCAAAGUUCAUAUUUUGUUAGACAUUAUUUAAUUUGUACGAAAAAAUAAGUGUCGAAAUUUGCAGCCGAAGCUGCACCUUAGCAUGCAUAUUUUCUGUAUACAUCCUGCAGAAUAUUCUACAGAAUUUCGUCAGCUUCUAGCGUAGAGCUUGAGUAAAGUUGUCACGCCUCCUGUAGCGAACUUAAGUUUGAGAUAAUGAAAAUGCAAAAUACUUUAGACUUUAAAAUUUAUUCGUCCGGAUAGUAGCACCUCUUCUUUCUUCUCUUCUUUAAAUUCCAACGUAUUUUAAACUAUAAAUAUCUAUAACUUACGUCCUCUUUAGAAAGAGCGAAAACUGCACACAAGAACUGCAUGAGAAGCUACGGAAAUUCUGUAGAAUAUUCUGCAGAAAGUAGAUAGAAAAUAUGCAUGUCAAGCUGAAGCUUCGGGUGCAAAAUUUGCUGCGGCUUUUUUCUGUAAGGCGCACAUAUUGAUGAUAAAGGAAUUAUUGAAUCACUA